AGCGCCAUCGCACCACCUGGCCAGCGAGAUCUGACAAAGUACAUUCUUAAACUUUGUGAUGCGUAAUCAAGCAGUCCGUCGCUCAUCUAUUGAACUUCACUCCGCGAUAAUCAUAGCCAAAAAAUGGCAAAGAUAAAAAUGAAGAAGAAACCUGAGUGGGCGGGAGCCCCAUCCAAGACAGCAGCAGAGAUUGCUGCUUUCAAGCGUGCUCGUUCAACUGUCGUUCCUCUGACAUGGCCUAAGCUAGCAACAUCUAUGAAGAUGAAGAUGAAGGCGAAGAACCAGAACGCCACGUCUGCAGCCUCUUCUACAAAACUGGCAGUGGCAGCUAUGAAGAAGUCAGCAAGUCAGAAGCUGGAAUCGACUCAGAAGCCUGCAGUAAAGAAGACUAUGAUGAAGGCGAUGAGCUCAGUAGCAAAGACUGGUGCAUCUAUGACUAGGCGAUCCAAUCUGAAGCAGCAGAAAGGACCGCCUCCGCAGUCUGGUCCUGGAGAACAGCCAAAAGUGAGGAAUACGAAGCAGCCGUCUGGUGUAAAGCAGGACAAAACACCAGAGACCCCUGGCCAGGUGCUGUCUGUAUUUCAUGGUGACUCGAAGCAUAUAUAAAUAACCUCAUGCUCUUCUUGCAAGUUAGUCUGUAUCUGUUGUUUCUAUCUGUUCUCCUCCUCCUUGUAUAUAGAGAACAGUCUGAAGAAAUUAAGAUUGAUUAUUACACUCAGCCGUCUCUGGAUGUUUGCUGGUCCUAUUCUUCUCGUAUAAAUAUGCAGUGACUGCCUCCUUUUUUGAAAAUGAAUUUCACAGGUGCAGCAGAACCGUGGCAAAGCCGUCGUGUAUGAAGUGAGCAGCGCCCACGAAUUGCGAGAAUGCUUUCAAAAUGAUCCAGAAAGGCUAGCGGAUCUUGGGCUCGAUAAAACAGAGCAGGAACGUACUUACUUUCAUGGCUUCGCUGAUCUUACCUUACCAGCGAAGUCGAAGUGCUUCCUGCCUUUCACCUUCGUGUCUGUUUUGCGACCGCUUCUCUGAGUAACUAACAAACUGUUGUUGAUUUCUUUUCUAUCCAAUUCCCACUGCAGCACGCGUGUGGAUGAGUCCUCCUUUGUAGUUGUUUGUGUCAAUAUAUCUUUCUCAUCUGGAUCUGGUUCUGGUCGUUGUGCAAGACAAGGAACUCAUCAUCUUCUCUACGUCUACCCUCACAGAGCGCGCUUGGGCAGAUAGCCUCCAAAUUAUUUGGAACGACAACGCUGACCAUCAUGAUUUCUCGACUGUAGAGGGUCAGAAUCUGUAUUACCUCCACUGGCACUUCCGUCACCUCGCGCACACGGGAACGAUUCCAAACAACUGCCUUGUUUCAAAAGAUGGGAAGAGGAGAACGAAUAAGGGUAAGCCUAAGGCAGCGACACUUGCUUCUUCUUCUUCAUCCUCUUCGUCAUCGAAUUCGAAAGCUAUGCAGACGACUACAACUACCAAACGGAGCGACAAGUCGCAAGCCGAGCUUCCAGCUGAAUCCCCUUCGGCUCUUUCUUCUUCUUCUGUAGUAGUGAAACAGCAGGCGAUGAAGAAAUCGAUGAAGAACAUGACCAUGAAAAUGCAACGGAAAACAUCAGCUGGAGCUGCAUCCAUGCGUCAGAAGUAUCAAGAUAAGACGAAGUCGAAGUCUCUGCAAAAGAACAAUACUACAGUUACAAAAUCUAGCACCAAGAAGGCGAUGAAGAUGAAGACGAGAGACCUUAAGCACCAUCUGAAUAAGAGUCGGGAUAUCCCAUCUGAGAUUCCGAUGAAGGGCUUCAAAGAGUCGAUCUCUAGCCUAAUGAUGCUUAUUGGCUUGCAUGAGUACACCAUUGGAGAUGACGCCCUAGUUGCACUGCGUUCUGCUGUUGAGGAUUUCAUAAUCAGAAUAUCCCAUCACAAUGAACUACUAACGGAUCUCGUGAAGAAGAAUGGCGCGAAUACGUGGUAUAUGCAGGUCGCGCGGUUCAUCGCGGAAAACAGACUGGUGCCGACUACGCUGCAAGACAGCUACGCUGAGCUUGGCUUGGAGGAUCCUGAAGACCCAUUAGACCCUCGCUUCGAUCGAGCCAAAGAGAAGAAGAAGCAAAAAGAUGCCAAAAUGAAAAUGAAGCAAACCAUGAAAGCGAAACCGAAAUCCAAGCCGGGCGCUUCUAGUAAUAACAGUAAAGGCAGCAAGUCGAUCUCGAUGAGGAUGGAAUCUUCUUCCCAUAUGGAAACGAAGAUGAAGUCGAGGAAAGAACCCGAGGCAGCCGAAGCCUCACCACCCAGUCCCGAGCCAUCCGAGUUCGAUCCGAUGAAAAUAGUUGAUGAGGCUCAGGAAGAAGAGGAAGAGGAAGAAGAGGUGGAGGAAGAAGAGGUGGAGGAGGAAGAAGAGGAAAUGAAUUUGGGUCGCGGACCCAUCGGAGAGGGAGAAGCGAAGUCAGUGCCAGACCUCCCGUCGAGUGGUGUGGGCAGUCCUAGUCCUUUUUUAUUCUAAGUCUAACUCUAAGUAGCUACUUCUCCACUGUUGAUUUUCAUACUCAUGCAGAUGCAUCGUCGCCGUAUCUGUGUCACUGUCGCGUCAUCUUGGACGCAUAUCAAUAGGCGAUCUUUCGUCUUAGUUUUAGUUUCAUCAUCGCUUCAUUUUGGUUUGUUUGAUCGCGAUUCGUUCUGUUUCUACAUAUGGACAUUAAUCCAGUUCACACAAAAGACAAGUAGUAGAUGCCCCAGUGAUGACGGGCGAACCUUCAAAAACUCCGACUCAAGAAUCACGGCACACGCCUCUACCUCACAUAAAUCGCUUUUUUUUGCUAAGACACAAGAACGAAACACUCAUAAACAUAAUCUAAGUAAUACUUACAUACCGCAACUGUCUCACUAAUAUGAGUUAGCGCUUUGGCUAUUCGAGCAUGCGAAAUCAUAAACCCCACAAGGAGUCUUAUUUCCAAUGCAGCAGCACUUCGCUCAACAUUAAGCAAGGCCUUCGGAUUCUCUGAAAAAGACACUGUCGUGGCUGCCUCAUUUUUUACUUUUGGUACAAAGAGGCUGCUACUGUGAAAGCCAAAGCGAU